UGUUCCACAUACGAUCUGAAUGCCUCCAGCGAAGUCAUGGAAGCCCAACUCUGCCAAGUGUGCCGGGGCAUAUUCAUAGGCGAGAAGGUGCUUCGGGAACCUCGGCCUCAUCACCAGUCCAAGAAUGAUAUGCUUGCGGCGGCGGCUGAAGGGUGUCGGCUGUGCAAAGUCAUCACCCAGAGCCUGGGAUUUGGGCACCUUGAGUCCAGUGAAUCACUGGAAGCAGUGUGGUAUCUCUCGCCCCUACAAGACGCGGAGAGUCACCAUGAUUCGAGUUCGACUUGCCCUUGGUUUCGGUUGACUAUAGAUGCGAUGGACGAAGACGACGAGAUAAUCGACACCGAGAACGAUUUAACUGAUUUGCCUGAACGGUGUCAGGAUGUCGAUGAGAAAGGACAUGUCCGGCUGCCCAAAUCGGGGGCAGAUAUAAGAGACCCGGAUAUACCGAGCUCGCCUCCGGCAUGGGCUUUCACCCUUAUUCCAGCGACGGAUCCUGCGGUUGCAGACAUACAAUAUGAGCCUCCUUCAAGCCCUCAGGACCCUCGGAUGUGGUCUCUAGCCAAACAAUGGCUCGAGAAAUGUCGGAGCGGUCAUGCAAAAUGCUCAGAAUCACGGAAUCCCACUUUUUACCCAACAAGACUCGUUGAGAUCAUCGACCACAGCACCCUUCGGGUUCUCGACUGUAACAACAGAAGACCAUCGGGGCCUUAUGUAGCGUUCUCCCACUGCUGGGGCCGCGCCGAAACCCUCAAGCUCCUCGAAGAAAACAAGGCCCGGCUGGAAACCAGCAUCGACAUCGACGAGUUGCCUCGGAGCUACAAAGAGGGCAUUGAAGUUGCUAUGAGGUUCGGCUUUAGGUACAUCUGGAUUGACUCGCUUUGCAUCAUCCAGGACUCUCUGGACGACUGGCGAGCCGAAGCGGCCACCAUGAAGGACGUGUACAACAGUGCCUCGCUCACAAUAGCCGCAAGUGCCGCUUCGGAGAAUUCUGAAGCCAGUUUCCGGCGGAGGGAUCCCGCUGGUAUACAGCAUAUCCGAGUCAACCCGACCUGGAACGGCAUUCCGAAAGUGCAAUAUGUUCUAGCGAGCAUGGAUCUCUACCAAGAUGAAAUCGCACAUUCUCCACUACGCCGCCGCUCCUGGGUUAUUCAAGAGUAUUACUUAUCUUCACGCACGCUAAGUCUAACCCGCUCCCAGAUCUGGUGGGAAUGCCGCGAGACAAUGUACAGCGAAUCGUGGCCGAACGGGGUUCCAGAGAGGUUGCGUCACACAGUACGUGACGACCAAACGCGCGAGGAACUGCACAGAGAAGGGCUACAGGGGGUAGGAGGCUCGGGUUACGGGGCUUCCUAUUAUCAUCGUCUCUGGUACAAUCUCGUGGAGAAGUACAUGAGCUGCCGACUUACCGUUUUCUCGGACAAGAUGAUCGCGAUGGCGGGUCUUGCCAGCUAUUUCCAGCCCAACUUGGGGGACGACGAGUACGUUGCAGGCCAUUGGCGAUCUCAGCUGCCCCAGUCUCUCUGUUGGGAUACCUUUCCGUACUUGAGUCGCCCUAAGGUGUACCGGCCAUCCCAGUACAGAGCACCAUCGUGGUCCUGGGCGUCCGUCGAAGGCGACGUGACGUUUCAACACAACACCCACGAUGCAGAUGGAAGCAACACCGUCCACGUUUGUGAAGUCCUCGAGUUUAAAUCCGUCAAGGCAGGUCCGAGUCCUACUGGAGAUUUGAGGGGGGGUUAUUUACAACUCAGGGGCCGCUUGUUUCCGGUCAAAAUCAGAGAACAAUUUCUGACUGUUCCGGAUGAGGGUGGCGAUUACGGCUACAUCAAAGGGUCCGCCGAAGAUGAGAACAGAGUCACUGACGGAGAUGAUGACACGACGGGGGCCAGCCUGGACGAGUUCACAAGUGACAACUGGCCUGUGGUGUCGAGCCUUGACACCUCUGCCGUGGACGUGCUAGACAACGCCGUUCUAGACACGACGAGACGUGUUGCAAGGCUAGCGCACGAAUGGGAUGGUAGGCUUUUCUGUCUUCCCCUGAUUGAGUGGGUUUAUCUUGAAAAGCCACGACUGCGAGGCAUCAUUCUAGGCCAUACCCGAGGGGAACCUCCAAGCCGCUAUCAGAGAGUAGGAUUCUUCUAUUGCGAGGGGUCUAUUACCACUUCUCACUUUGAAGGAGGCGAGGUUGAGGAGUUUUUUGUUAUUUAAUAUAGGCGAAGUUGCAACUUAUCGAGCCGUAGUUAAUCAGACUAGACAAGAGUAAGUCUAGUAGCAUUUCC